CCUGGAGUGAAUUUUGUCGAAUCAAGACUGACGAUUAAAGCGUAACUAGUUCCCAGUCUUGAUAUACAUUCACGAAUUAGUCUACUAGCGAUAAUCUGGCGAUAAUUUUUCUUUCAACGCUCUCACCUCAACACUGCUUGACUAGUUAGUAUCCCGAUUUGCAACACUAUUACAAUAGUAAUUUUGAACGCUAUUUUCAAAUCACGGAAAAUUGAUAAAAUCAAGUUUUGUUCAGCAAUUUCCUAUUGAAAGCGGAUCAGAAGUGACGGUGGAAAAUUUAAUAGCAACAAAGUUUUAUGAAAACAAGUUUAUAUCGUUUAAAUUGAAUAACAUCACCAAAAUAUGGAAGGUCGAGGACGUGGUAGAGCUGGACAAGCUGAGGCAGCAGGUGGUGAUGCGCGUGGUCGUGGAGGAGCUUUCCGAGUUGCUGAGACUCUUCGUACGAUUCCUCCCGAAGUUACAGAUUCCACUGGAGGAAAUGUAGGAUUGUUAAAAAUUGUGACCAACUAUUUCAGGAUAAUUACACCCAAGGAUCAAUUGGUUCACUCAUACCGUGUUGAUUUUGAUCCACAAGUUGAAAGUGUGAGAGUUCGAAGGGGCUUGAUUUAUGAGAAUCGUGAAGUUUUCGACCGAGCUUAUGUUUUUGAUGGUGGCAAUGAAAUCAAAUCGUUAUGUAAGUUAAAUAAUGAUCCUGUUACAGUGAGUGGUACACGAAAGACUGAUGGCGCAAGUGUCACCAUAACUAUAAAGUAUACAUCAACUGUUUCUUGGGGACAUCCAGAAAUGUUGAGAUUAUACAAUACUCAGAUGAGACGUAAUCUUGAACAUUUAGGCUUUGUCCAAGUUGGCCGAGACUAUUACAAUCCUAAAUUGAAGAAGACCAUGCAAGAUCAUCGCCUUGAUAUAUGGCCUGGUAUGUUAACUGCCAUUGCUGAACAUGAUGGAGGCAUUAUGAUGGUUUGUGAUAAUAUCAAUAAAAUUAUUCGCCACGAUACUGCUCUCGAUGUACUUGCUCAAGUAUUCAGAGGUCCAGGAGACAAGAAAGAAAGGGCCCGUAAAGAGCUAUCAGGCUCGAUUGUAAUGACAAGAUAUAAUAACAAAACCUACCGAGUAGAUGACAUCAUUUUUGAUAAAAACCCUGAGACUUAUACAUUUGAAGGAAGAGAAGGUACGAUUUCUUUGGCUACUUAUUAUGAAACGCAGCAUAAAAAAACUAUUAAAGACAAAAGACAACCUUUACUUUUGGUACAACCAACUGAAAGACAAAUGCGAGGAGGAGAACAGAAAGAGAUAUUGUUGAUCCCUGAGCUUUGCACCAUGACUGGAUUAUCUAAAACGAUGAUUGACGAUUUUCAAUUCAAAAGAGCACUCGGAGAUUUGACCAGACUUGAUCCAUUACAGAGAGCUCAAAAUUUGACUGGUUUCAUUCGACAAGUAAACGCUAAUGAAACUGUUCAAACUGAGAUGCGUGGUUGGGGCUUACAAUUCGGUGAAUCAUUAGUGGAAGUCAAUGGUCUUUUAUUGCCAGGGGAAAAAAUUCAUACUUUUGGUGAAAGUGGUGAAAAUAGUGGCACUCCUUAUCAACAAAAAACUGGUAAUUUUGAACGAGAAAUACGUUCGAAAAAAAUGUUGAGACCUGUCGCUAUUAAGUUUCCUUGGGCUCUAAUUGCUCAGAAAAUCCAUAAAUCCCUUGUAGAUGACUUUAGUGAUUCCAUGAGAAGAGUCUGUGGUCCUCUUGGCAUAGAAAUUACAGCACCCAAAAUAUUUCCGCUUGAUGGAGAUCGGGCAUCAGAUUAUUCUGCAGCUUGCAAUGCUGUUCCCGCUGAUGCUAAUUUAGUAAUUAUUAUCGUUCCUAAUAAUAACGGAGAUAGAUAUUCAGCCAUCAAAAAGCACUUUUGCUGUGAAAAACCAAUUCCUUCCCAAGUUAUAACAACUCGUGUUUUAUCAAACAAAAAAAAUCUUAUGUCAGUUGCCACUAAAAUACUUAUCCAAAUGUCUACUAAACUUGGAGCUGAGCCUUGGGGAAUUCAUAUUCCGCCUAAAGGAUGUAUGAUUGUCGGUUAUGAUACUUAUCAUGACUCUGAUCGAAGAGGCUAUUCUGUCGGUGGAUUUGUUAGUACUUCUAAUGCCACAGCAACAAGUUGGUUCUCUCGUACUUCCUACCAUCAAAACCGGGAAGAACUGUGUGCAAAUUUCGCUGCCAAUCUGAAAGCUGGCAUCAAAAAUUGGAUUGCCAAAAAUAAAGGCUCAUGGCCUGAAAAAAUUAUAAUAUAUAGAGAUGGCGUUUCAGAGGGACAAAUUCCCUAUGUUUAUAAUGUUGAGAUGAAGCAAAUGCAGAAAGUUCUGAGCGAAAGACCGGAAUUGGCAAAAACUCAUUUUUGCUUCAUUAUUGUUACAAAACGAGUAAAUGCUCGAUUCUUCCAUAAUUAUGGUGAACGACAACUACAAAAUCCACCUCCAGGAACUAAGAUUGAUUCGCUUAUUACGAGAAAAGAACGAUAUGAUUUUUACUUGAUCAGCCAGUCGGUUCGCCAAGGAACUGUUAAUCCAACAAUGUACAAUAUCAUUGCUGAUAAUUCUGGUUGGCGUGCAAUCCAUCAUCAACAAUUGGCCUACAAACUUUGUCACCUUUACUACAACUGGGCGGGAACCAUCACUGUCCCAGCCCCAUGUCAAUAUGCUCAUAAAUUGGCUCUUCUAACUGGAACUGCUCUACACAGGGAACAUAGUACAGAACUAUCAAACACCUUAUUCUUCUUAUAAACUUUCAACAUUUUAAAUUCAAUCUUAAAUUUACAACAACCCAUCUUAUUUUCAUCUUACAUGCACUAUUAAAAUUGAUUUCAAUCUAA